AUGAUCUUAUUGGAGACAGCAAACAGAAUCUUGUUCGACGAGGUGAUCAACUUCAACGGAGAGAAGAGAGUGUUCAACACUUUUGCCGACUUUGAUGGCGUCAAGUUCCACACUCACACCUCGGACGACAAGCAGCAGCUGUUCGUCUCGAUGCAGUUCAAGGGUGCCGCCGACCUGCUCAAGAACGGAGGUGCCACCUACCUCAAGUCCGUCUAUGGCCCAUUGCUCCAGGCCAAGCCAGAGGCUGGCUUCGACCUCACCAUCGUCAUCGAUGUCAACGCGCCCAACAAGGACGAGCUCGCCCACAAGGCCAGCCAAUUGAAGCGUAACUUGAUGGCCGCUCCAUUCUUGAUGGUCUUUGACGCCGUCGAGUCCAAGAAGACUGUUGCAGACAUCAUCACCAUCGACUACCGUACUGAUGAGUCCUUCUACAUCAAGACUCAAGGUGACAACGUCACCGUCAUCUUUGACAUCAUCUUCAAGGACUCUGAUGAUAUCGUCCUUUCAAAGAUCUUCUUGCAGGCCUUCGUUGAUGUUAGAAAGACUCUUACCAACGUCCCAUCUGUCAGCUUCUCCCAGCGUGACCCACCCUUGGAGUUGAAGGGUGUCAAGGGAGUCAGAGCCGGUGUUAACCACGGCUUCGUGUCAAUCAACCUGUUCCCAGGUCACAUCAAGAGGGCUCAGGAGACCGCCGAUCUGAUCCAGACAUUCAGAGACUACUUGCACUACCACAUCAAGUGCGCCAAGGGCUACAUGCACACCAGUAUGAGAAACCGUGUGGACGGUCUACUCCAAGUGCUCAACCGUGCCAAGCCCGAGCCAGUCAACGUCGUCAAGCGUACCUUCAAGGGCAAGUUCUUCAAACAACAAUAA